GUAGUACGUGCAGAGGAAGCAACUGACUUGCGGGCCCCACACGCUUCUCCUUCAUCCGUCUUCUUCCUCCUCGUGACAAUCCAAGACCGUUUGGGUUUCUUGUUCCCGUGGGAUGCUUUGCUCUUGCCGCCCGCCUCCGCCUCUCUCCAUCCAUCCUUGUACAGCAGCACAGCACAAGACCGACAAGGAGACCAGCACGCGCACUACUUGCGGGGAUACUACACACACAACGUAUAAAGAUUCGAUUUGGUAUAUAUUGAUUUCAAAGCCCAUUCAAUCCUGUUUCGUCGUUCGUCGCGAGCAGGGCCUAAUCUAAAUCGCCGAAUUGCUUCGUCGCCAAUCAACCGAUCAAUCAAUCAAGAGCUCGCCACUCGUCGACGGACACCGACCAAGCCCCGGCCGGCCAUGGUGGUGCGGGGCCAGCAAGAUCUGGACAUCAACAUCGUCCGCUGGGGGCUCCACCACCUCCUCGACGGCGGCGCCUCUCCCGGCGGCGGCGGCUGCGUGCACCGCCCUCAAUCCCCCACCACCGACUACGCCCCGCCGCCGCCGCAGCCCCACCGCGCCCGCGCCCUUCUCGACGGCUACGACAUGGCCCCCGCACCCGCCCCCGAGGUCAGGGUCGACGCGGUCGAGAACGACGAGGUCAUCGCGCACGCGCUGCAGGAGGAGCUCGCGCAGGUCGCCAUGGCCGAGGCGUCCGGGGCCGUCGGCGGCAGCGAGCCCGAGCGCCGCGCCACCGUCCUCGCGCAGCAGUGGUUCCGCCCCGAGGUCGUCAGCCAUCUGCCCUCAGCACCGCCGUAUGUAGAAGAAGCAGAGGGCUCAAGUCCACGUUCGAGCCCCGAAGAAGAUCGCAAUGCGCGCGACGGCCACGGGUGCUCGAUAGAGCUCGUGGACGAUUUCUCUGCUCUCGACGACGAAGUCGGCAAAAGACUGAAUGACAUGGUCCCUGUCCCUCAUGUCCCUAAAACAAACGGAGACAUUCCUUCUUUUGAUGAAGCCUUUUCAGAUCACCGAAGACUUCUUGACAGGUUGGUGCUGUAUGGCCUGGUUGAGCUCAAGGUUAACGGAGAUGGCAAUUGUCAGUUUCGGGCAUUGUCUGAUCAAUUCUACCGAACUCCUGAACACCAUAGAUUUGUACGGCAACAAGUGGUCAAUCAGCUUCAGUCUCAUCCUGAGAUAUAUGCUGGAUAUGUCCCUAUGGAUUACAGAGAAUAUCUUAAGAAGAUGCCAAAGAAUGGAGAGUGGGGUGACCAUGUUACACUGCAGGCUGCUGCAGACUUGUAUGGUGUGAAGAUUUUCAUCCUAACAUCAUUCAGAGAUACAUGCUACAUUGAAAUUCUCCCAGUCGUUCAAAAAUCAAAUAGAGUUAUAUGUUUGAGUUUUUGGGCCGAGGUGCACUACAACUCGAUAUAUCCGGAAGGAGAGUUGCCAGUCGUGGAGAACAGAAAGAAGAGCUUGUCGGAUCGACGGUCGUUUUGUUCGACCAUGUGAUUACGAGGGAUCUGAGGAGCUGCGAUGCCGUAGCACUGAUGAAGAGAUUGACUGACAGUUCGUUUGUACAUAUAUAGCAGUAUCUGCACUGUUGACUGGGUCUGUGAUAUGUGAUGUGAACAUUUGUUGUAGUACUUAUAAUAUAUCUAUAUACAUCACUUAUUUUUCUAGGAGAGGUUAUGUCAAUAUUA